CGGAGUUUGCGUGUAGGUUCACGCUCCCUCUCUCAUGUAAAUACAGAGCACAGCCAGUGAUGUUACGAGAUAUUUUUGUCUCCACUAAUUGUUUAACACCACAGAGACGUUGAGACUGCGGAAGCGAAGACAACAAGGUUUUGCAGCAGGUUCCUGAGAAAAGCACGUGCUCGUGUGUUUGACAGGUUGGUUGGAGAGGAUGGAGGACGAUUUGUCACAGGCUUUGAAUUCUGUCAGUCUGGAGCAGAAAGGCAGUACGAUGGACACUUUUGGGCUGUAUGUCGUCACGUGGAACGUGGCCACAGCUGAGCCUCCUGACGAUGUGAACUCUCUGCUUCAGCUCAGCUCCCCGAAGAAACCCGACCUCUAUGUGAUCGGGCUGCAGGAGGUGAAGGCUGCCCCUCUCAAGUUUGUCACAGAUUUGGCCUUCGAGGAUUCCUGGAGUCACCUCUUCAUGAACUCGCUGGCUCUGUUGGGUUAUAUCAAGGUGUCCUCCAUACGGAUGCAAGGUCUGCUCUUGCUUUUCUUUUCCAAGCUGGAGCAUGUCCCCUUUAUCAGAGACAUUCAGGUCACUUACACCCGCACAGGACUCUACGGCUACUGGGGUAAUAAAGGUGGCGUGUCCAUCCGUCUGUCCUUCUACGGUCACAUGCUCUGCUUCUUGAACUGUCACCUGACCGCCCACAUGAACUACGCCUCUCAGCGGGUGGAUGAGUUUGAGUAUAUUCUAAACGCUCAGACCUUUGACAGCAAAAACACGCCAUGCAUUUUGGAUCACAAGGCGGUGUUCUGGUUUGGGGAUUUGAAUUUUCGCAUCGAGGACCACGGGAUGCUGUUUGUAAGGAACUGCAUCACCAGCCAGCGUUAUAAUCUUCUCUGGCCUAAAGAUCAGCUCACCAUGAUGAAGCAGAAGGAAGCUACUUUGAGGAAGUUUGAAGAGGGGCCUCUAGACUUUCAGCCCACCUAUAAAUUCGAUUUGAACUCCGAUGACUAUGACACAAGGGUACAGAAGACAUGGUUUGGGUUUAAUGGUAAGAAGCGCAAGCCUGCGUGGUGUGACAGGAUUCUUUGGACAGUGAAGCCCGAGUCCUCGCCGUCAGAGGACGCCAAUGAAGAUCAAGAGGAGCAACAUAAAAACGAGUUUCCUCUAAAACUGAGCCAGGAGUAUUACACAAGUAAAAUGGAGUACGGCAUCAGCGACCAUAAGCCUGUCAUCAGCAUCUUCCAAUUAGAGCUGAGAAAGAUGUACAAGACUCCAUUGGUGCAGGUGUGCGCUGAGGGAGAGUGGAGCGCCGAUUUUGACGCCCUCAUAACUUACAGCCCUCUACAGUCCUUUCCCUCCAGUGCCUGGGAUUGGAUCGGUUUAUAUAAGGUUGGUUUUAAAAGCGUUUCGGACUAUGUCACGUACACCUGGGUGAAGGAUGACCAGGUGUCUUUCAGUGAUGAGCUCUUUCAAGUUUAUGUGAACAAAGAUGAAAUUCCUGUUCUUGGGGGAGAAUGUAUGCUGGGCUAUUACAGCAGCAACUUGCAGUGCAUUGUGGGUAUUAGUCAACCUUUUAAGGUGCAGGAAUCCAGAGUGGCGAUUGAAGAGGGUUUAGUGCCUGAAAAUAUCAACGGACUAGAUGAAACAGUAGCCAGUUAAGACCAGGUUUAAAGUGCUCCUUGGUUUAUACACGGUCAUAUGCAGCUCAGAUAUCUUACCAAACAUACCUGUGCAUUCAAGCAAGUGCAAUUUUAACCCAAAAUCGAUUUAGAGUUUUUACUGGUAUGUGAUAUAGUGUUUUUGUUUGUUUCGUUUUUUUUUGUUUUUUUUUUUUAAUCAAAGAAAUAUUAUUAGAAUUACAGCCAGUAUAUUUUUAAUUGCAGCCAGUUGAUGGGGCCAGUCCCAAAUAGAUCUCAAGCAAGCACAUUUAAAUUUGUACUGUAAUUGUUGAAGUCAAUUCUAAAAAAGUCUUUCAAAAAAGGAUGUCACAUACCAGUAAUGUAUUUUAUUGAAUUAUUUAAUUAAUAAAUUCACACCUCAGCCUUACUAUUACCACAUUCUCUCAAAACAUUCAGUAUACAUUUAUCAUUUAACAUUUUAUAUAUAUAUAUAUAUAUAUAUAUAUAUAUAUAUAUAUAUAUAUAUAUAUAUAUAUAUAUAUAUAAACAAUAUGUUUUAUUAGUCUACGGUACUGCAGAAUUUGAGUUGUUUAUGGUUACUGCUUCUAUUGCCCUUGUUUUCUCAUUCCGUUUAAACUCAUGCAGUCUGUUACACUGUCAAGAAAAGGCUGCAUUUGCACAAUUUAAUUGAGUACUUUUAUGGCACAUGUUUACUUUGUGGUUCUAUUUAUGUCAAUAACUGAAAUGGCGAAAUGCUGAAAUGGUAUUAUAAUAAUAUUUGUGGCGCACUGAAAUUGAGUGUGAAUAACUGAAGGAUAUGCAGAAAUGAGCAAGUGUAUUGUUUUUUGGUCAGUACAGUUUGAUAUUGCUUUCAUGUUAAUUAUAAGCAGACUGUAUGCUUAAACAUACUGGUCAAACCAUGAUCUCGCUUGGCUUAAGAAUGUGUUUUUUGUUAUAAUGUUAGGCUAAUGCUAAUGUAUGAAUAGAAUCUGUUUGUAUCAAAUUAUAAUGUAUAAAAAGGUAAAAUACUAAGAAACUAAUUUCCCUGUAAAUGAAUAGCUUUUUAUUUUCUAAACGGCUACAAAUGCGUACUGAUGACUUGAAAUAAAUGUUAUUUAAAUAAAAAAAUGAAAACA